AUGGCCAUCUCUAUCCCCAUUGACGCGAUCACUUCGCGCUUUGGUGACCGCUUCAACAACUUUCGCAGCACCUCUCUAAGCUCGCGAUUCGCCAAUCUCCGCCCGAUCUCCGAGUUCCUCGACAUCAAGCGCAUAUCUAAACCUGCCAACUUCGGAGAAGCCCAGAGUCGUGUCAACUACAACCUAUCUUACUUCUCCAGCAAUUAUGCCGUUAUCUUUGUUAUGCUCAGCAUCUACAGCUUGCUGACUAACAAGUGGUUGUUGUUUGACAUUAUCUUUGUGAGCGUCGGUCUGUACGGAAUCAACAUGCUCCAAGGUCGCGAUUUGGACCUGGGAUUCUCCCGGUUCACCACGUCGCAGCUCUACACGGGACUACUCAUUAUCGGUGUCCCCGUCGGUAUCUGGGCUUCGCCCUUCGGCACUGCCCUGUGGCUCAUCGGUGCCACUGGUGUGACUGUCUUCGGUCACGCCGCCUUUCUGGAUAAGCCGAUCGAGAAUGCUUUUUCCGAGGAGGCGGUCUAG